UCCGAUUCCGGAAACUGACUGCAACUGCAUUGUUGCUUUAUGAAUAAAGAGGAUUAAAAUAUCAAUUCUCUUGAACCGCAGUUUGGAGUAUUUUUCUUGUUGUCAACCGGCAAUAGAAAUCGUGAUAGGCUAUUCAUGUUUGAUAUAGCCUUACUACUGGACUUGUUAAUGUGAGAUAUUCUACCCGAUGAUGUUGAAUCGUACAAAUUCAUUUGGAGAAUCCGGUCUUGGUGAGCCAGAACAAGAUGCUAACUCUGCCCUUACAGAAUUGGAUAAAGGUUUACGUUCAGGAAGAGUUGGCGAGCAGUGCGAGGCAAUCGUUCGUUUUCCACGUCUGUUUGAAAAGUAUCCAUUCCCAAUUCUUAUAAAUUCUUCCUUCCUGAAGCUAGCGGAUGUAUUCAGAGAAGGGAACAACUUUCUGCGCCUAUGGGUCCUGCGGGUGUGUCAGCAAAGCGAGAAACAUCUGGACAAGAUCCUGAACGUGGACGAGUUUGUGCGCCGAGUGUACAGCGUGAUCCACUCGAACGACCCGGUGGCACGGGCGCUGAGCCUGCGCACCCUGGGCAGUAUGGCCGGCAUCAUCCCGGAACGCCAGCAUGUGCACCACAGCAUCCGGCGCAGCCUCGACUCGCACGACUCGGUCGAGUGGAGGCCGGCAUUCAGGCCGCUAUGCAGUUUGCCGCUCAGUCCAAUUUUGAGUACUGAGUAG